CUUUUCCUUCUCGCGCAUUCAGCACCACAGAGAACUGAACAGCGCACAAGCACUUUCCGAAUACGGAAACCUUCCAACGCUCAAAGGACACGAAGAGAAAUCAGUGUGGACAUCUCCAGACCUUUUUUUAUUCCCAGCAAUGCAGGGCUUUCAACUUGCUCGUGAGCUCCAUAUGUAGUAGUACGAUGAUGUUAUGAUGAUGAUGAUGAUGAUGAUGAUGGUGAUGAUGGUAAGGGACUCUUUAUUUUUUAACCAGCCGUGCAACCGGAUCCUCACACGGGGCUCGACAUCAACACCGUCCCCGUGAAUCCGCUGCGGUCUCCUGCCAGGCUUCGGCGCCAUCAGCAGAGAUAAAAACCGGCUUCCGCUGCAGAUCUGAAGCCCGAAAAACGCCGCGGCAGCGCCUCGUGCAUCUCGCUCCGGUUUGUGACAUGAAAACGCGGACUAGAAAGAAGGAAGAGGGCUGAUAAAAAAAGAAAAAAUAAAGAAGGGAGUGGGGACAUCUUUUUACCUUUUCUGUAGAACAAAAAAGGAGGCGUUUAGAGAUCUGUGACAAAAAUGUUAUGAUGUGGUGAAGAUCACAAAACCAUCACAUGUGGUGAAGAUCACAAAACCAUCACUUUCAUCCUGGAUUGUUAGAAUUUGUAAAAAAAAAUCUGAAGAAAAUAGACUUGAUCCUGUGGUGUGGUAUCAAAUAUACAAGGAGACAGAAUCAAGGGGUUCUGGAGAACAUAAAAAAAAACACAUUAUUACUACUAGCAUUGGUCAUCUAUGGAGUUUGUUUAACAUCCGAUGCAGGUUUCCACCCGAAUGAGCUGGGAGGAUUUUAAUCGGUGUGAAGUUCUUCCAAGCGCUGGAGAUGUUCCGUGAUGAAACCCUCUUUCCCAGUGAAAUUCUGUGUUUGAGGAGGAACCGAGCGUUUGUUAACGUUCCAACCGUAACCAACCGGUCACACUGAUGCAAAUUCACCAGUUGAGCUCAGAGCGCGCCUCUCUACCAUGGGCUGCGUCCAGAGCUUCAGCUGCAAGUCGCGUGUCAAGCGUGAGAACAUCACCGUGUGUGACAUGUUGGCUACCAUCGACCAGUGUCCAACGGUGAUCGAGGAGAACUCGCCCAUAGUGUUGCGCUACAGGACGCCGUACUUCAAGGCCUCGGCCCGCGUGAUCAUGCCGCCCAUCCCUCGCCAUGAGACCUGGGUAGUUGGAUGGAUCCAGGCUUGCACUCAGAUGGAGUUCUACAACACCUACGGGGACAUGGGCAUGUCGAGCUGGGAGCUCCCGGAGUUGAGGGACGGCAUGGUGAGCGCGAUUAGUGACUCGGACGGCGUGAGCUACCCAUGGUACGGCAACACCACCGAGACAGUGACCAUCUCAGGCCCGACAUCCAAACCUUCACGCCUCAUCGUUGGUAUGAACGACAACUUCUACCCGAGUGUGACGUGGGCGGUCCCAGUGAGUGAGAACAACACGCCGAUGCUUACGCACAUCAACCGUGACCAGAGCUUCACCACGUGGCUGGUGGCUCUCAAUGUUGGCACGUGUGAGAAGAUCCUGCUGCAGACCAUCAAGUGGAGAAUGAAAGUGGACAUCACCAUUGAUCCCAUGAUGCCUCUGGGCUCCAGGGCCAGGCUGGUUGGGCCUCUGCACCAGGAUCAGCCAAAAAUCCUGACCCAAAUGGAGCCUAUUCCACAGAAUGCCAUGGGCAAACCCAAUGCCAAUGAUGCCCAGGUUCUCAUGUGGCGACCCAGAAGGGGAACGCCAUUGGUGGUGAUCCCUUCAAAGUAGCUGGUUAAGGAAAUGAGUGCGGAUAGAGGAGAGUAUUUUCCACUGGGUUGGAUUUUGGCUCGACCCUUUUCAGGAAAUCUACAGCAGGGCAAGCAAAACAGACAGCUGAGAGUUCGGUUAGUGAGGUACUGAGCACCCAGGCCUUGGACAUGCUAACAUGGAUCCAUCUGAAACGCUGUUUUGGCAUUCUGAUGUUCCAUUUUCAACCAAUCUGUUUCUAAACACCUAAAUAAGGGCCAGUCCUAGUUAGAUCAGAUAUGUCAUGCACUAUACCACUGAAAAAUGUUUUGUUUAUUCAAGAUCCCCUUCCAAAUUUAUAUCAUAAUGAACUCCACCCAUCUUCAAUAACAAUUUCCACCAGAUUUUGGGGCAGGGCCAUUGUUUGGAUAUGGGUUUAUUCAGAGGAAGUCAAGGAGGCUCCAGUUUCAGUUCAUCUCAAAGGGGUUGAGGUGGUCAGUGCUCUGUGCAGGACAGUCAAGUCGUUACACUCCAACUUUAACACCAUGUAGGGAGGUGGUAGCUUAGUGGUUGAGGAAAUGAACUUUGGAUCCGAUGGUUGUGAGUUCAAAUCCUAGAAACACGAAGCUGCUACUCCUGGGCCUUUGAGCAAGGCCCUUAACCCUAUAGCUACUCACUUGUAUGAAUGAGAUAAUCAUAAGUGAGGAUAAGGUCUUCUGCCAAAUGCUGUAAAAUGCAACUAUCUUCAUUGAGGUCGACUUUGUACAAGGGUAUUGUCAUGCUGGAGCAGUGUUUGGAGUUAAAUUUAAUGCUACAGCAAAACUUGGAGAAGUACAUAUGGAUGUCAGCAUUGCACAUCUAUUGGGCCAUAUGGUGUAUUUUCCACUCUACUGGUAAAUUGUAUGACGCACAGGACAGAAAUUGUCUGAUGGCCAACUCUUUAUAUUGCUAUCAUAAUGAAUGGCAUUAGUAUUGACAGUAGGAUGAUUGACAGAAGAAGAGAAUAGCAGGUCCAUGUAAAAACGAUUUGGAAUUUGGGCUAAUCUUCCAGGCUCAGGUAGAAUCUGCAGGCAGUUUUUGGCAGCAUUCAGCCUAUCAUCAGGGGGCAUCUUAAGUUUGAAUCUCAACAAUGCCAGGAGCCUGGCGGAUCCAAUCUGGCCAUGCUGUCUGGGUGCUAGGGACGGCAUACUUUCUUUCAGCUAACAAUCAGAGUACCACUGGCUAAUCGAGGGUCUCUGUGAACUCAUUUAUGUAGAAGAGGAGGUAUAGUGUUUUUUUCCUUAAUGUGUUCAGAUGCCCUCUGGGGUACAUGCUGGCCUUCACAAUUGCCGGUGGGUAGCAGUUGUUCGAUUAUUAAGAGCUAGUUUAUGGGUAGGAUGACAAAAUUGGAAGGAAGUUAUGGAGGAAAAGUAUUUGAUUAAAAAAAAAAACUGAAUGAUGCAAAAAAAAAAAAAAAAAAGUUCUAAUCCCAAAGACAAAACUUUGAAAAUGUAUUCAUAUUAGUGUGGCAAUGUUCCAGUGUUCUGGGGACAAAACUUUUAGGACCACUUGCCUUAAUUCCACACUACUGCCUUUGAAUGGACGAAGGGGCCAAAAGAGGCACAUAAACAACAGAAUCUAUGGACUCCCUUAAUACCCGCUCAAGGCUGGAAAAGGGGAAUGUGAUAUCUAAUGCGUUAAGCUGUUAAGGGAAAGGAUUCAUGAGUUAAGUUUUGAGGUUUGAAUCUCACUUUCGAUACAACUUCAUUCAUGAUUUGCAUUACAGCUCAUUUUUUCAGUAUCUUUCUGGUUGAUUAUAAACUAAAAAGAAGCAGUGAUGGAGAUGUUUACAAAGCUUGUGUUCUAGGCCAAACUUCGCACAUAAUUCAGAGCCUACAUUCUUCAUCCAGACAAAAUCAUGACAUUGUAUCGUAACUAAAAGGAAAGCGAUUAUACUCCUUUUCGACAAGGUGCUGUUCAGGAAAACCAGCAAAAAAUUUUUUUCAGGCAACCUACGUUUCCUGAGAACUGAGCAGUCACGUACUCGGCUGUAUGAGUUUCUGAAGUCAAAUGUUAUCCCCAUAAAAAAUUGUACAAGAUUUACCUGGUUUUGAAGAUCUAUUUUUCCACACUGCACUGACAUACACAUACAUGGCUUGAGGAUGGUUUCAUUUUUAGACCAUAAUAUUUUUCAUUUAGAUUGACAGCAUUGAUCCCAUCAGUACGGUGGUCUAGAAGUUCAAAACAAAUGAAACUUUAAACAAAUCCGAAAACAAAAUAACAUCUAAAAAUCAGAAUAAAUUUUUUAAAAAAAAUGACAAUUCUGACAAAAUGGAAAGGGUAGGUAGAGCUUGCGAACGGAAUACUUACCAUUGAUUGGACAAGAGAUCUGUCAUUCAUUGUCAACUUUGUUUCUUGUACAUGUGUGGAAUUCUGUGUUUACUUCAAACCAUUUUUUUCCAAUUGUGCAACUUUAAAUGGUUUUUUUUUUUUUUACUUUUACAAACACGUGCCGAGUAUUCCAUAUCCCAAACUCUACUUCCCUUUAAUGGUUUGUCUAAAUUGUCAUUGUGUUUGUGAAGUUGUUUAUGUUUUUUAUUUUGUUAAUUUGUUUUCUGAAUUGUCAAUUUGUGUUUGGAUUUGUUCAUUUGUUUUCGGAUGUAUUAAUUUUUUUCAGUUUGUUAAUGUGUUUUCUGAUUUGUCAGUUUGUUUUUCGAUUUGGUAAUGUGUUUUUUCCUCUGGCACUUCUCAGCCAUCAUACAUCAGACAUCAGUAUAUGAAUCUGAAGUCAAUUACACCGCUGUAAGCUCCGCCCCUUCCUUCCAUCUCACAUAGGUAAUAUUUUGGUAACCGGUGCUUGGCUUCUCGAUUCGAUUCUCCCACCAGGAAGAUAGAGCGCUUGAUAUUAAGCAGAAAAAAUACACAAACAAGUCACGUGUAGUAGCAUUUCACGGUUUGCAGCAGGACCUUCAGACAAGUGAUUGAUAAAAGAAUAACAUAAAAAUAUGUACUGUAGAUUUACUCUCCAGGAAGGAGAGUAAAUCUACAGUACAGUGCAGCCCAGAAGCCCCAGAUGUCCUACAAGAGCAGCGUUUUCGUUUAUCUUGUAGGAUUAUAAAGGAGCUUUUUGCACGAAUGUUGACCUGAUUGGCCUCCCACAAUUUGCAAUUAUAGAAAAAUAUCAGUCAGGGAGCAGAAAAUUCUGACUUUAUCACAUCAGAUUUCAGUAUUUAUUCAGUUUCUGUAAACCCCAGUGUGAGAGGAGAGUCUGUGUAGAAUAAUGACUCAGAGGAAGAAAUGUGUUCAAUUCAAAAUUGAUUAAAAGAGAGAGAGAGAGAGAGAGAGAGAGAGAGAGAGAGAGAGACUCAGGCUCUUUCACCUGAGAGAAAGCAAAUACGAACAGUAAAUCCCUCUGCUGCUCAUUAGUGAGACAAGAAACA